AUGCCCCGCAACAUCGUACUCGCCGAAGCACUCGACAAAAACAAGGACCUUGACAAGGUUGCCGGUCACUGGCAGGCUCCUUCCCGCGAAGAGAUGCUCAACAGACUCAAGAACGUCGACAGUGACGGCAAGACUGCUACAGCAGACAUCUAUGACCUUUUGGUGGUCGGUGGUGGAGCUACAGGAACUGGUGUAGCCGUUGAUGCUGCAACCCGUGGUCUGAAGGUUGCCUUGGUUGAACGCGAUGAUUUUGCUUCAGGCACCUCUUCACGCUCUACCAAACUUGUCCACGGUGGUGUCCGUUAUCUGCAAAAGGCAAUUUUGGAACUUGACUAUGAACAGUACAAGCUUGUGGUCGAAGCUCUCCAUGAACGCAAGAUCUUCCUGGAGAUCGCUCCUUACCUGGCCAACCAAUUGCCAAUCAUGCUUCCUGUCUACAAGUGGUGGCAGAUGCCUUACUACUGGGUAGGUUGCAAGAUGUACGACUUGUUUGCCGGUAGAGAAGCAUUGGAAAGCAGUUACUUCUUGACACGUUCAAAGGCACUUGAGGCCUUCCCUAUGCUCAAGAAGGACCGCCUCGUGGGUGCAUUGGUCUACUAUGAUGGUCAGCACAACGAUGCACGAAUGAACGUCGCGCUUGCUCUGACUGCUGCUUACCAUGGUGCUACAGUUGCCAACCAUUGUGAGGUUGUCGAUCUCACCAAGGGAGAAGAUGGUAUGGUCAACGGUGCUAAGCUCAGAGAUACCUUGACUGGAGAUGAAUGGAACGUUCGCGCAAAGGGUGUCAUCAACGCCACUGGUCCAUUCACGGAUGGUCUCCGAAAGAUGGAUAACAAAGAAAACGCAGAGAUUGUAGCACCUUCUGCUGGUGUCCAUAUCAUCUUGCCCAACUACUACAGUCCUCGCAACAUGGGCUUGUUGGAUCCCGAUACCAGUGAUGGCCGAGUCAUCUUCUUCUUGCCCUGGCAGGGAAACACUAUUGCUGGAACAACGGAUUCUCCUACAGAUGUUACUCAGAACCCUCUGCCCAAGGAAGAUGAGAUCAAAUGGAUUCUGGAUGAAGUCUCCCAUUAUCUGAGUGCCGAUGUCAAGGUCCGUCGCAGCGAUGUUCUGGCUGCCUGGUCUGGUAUCCGCCCUCUUGUGCGCGACCCUAACGCCAAGAACACCGAGUCUUUGGUGCGCAACCAUAUGAUUAACGUGAGUGAGAACAACAUGAUCACCAUUGCUGGUGGCAAGUGGACAACCUACCGUGCCAUGGCUAUGGAGACCGUUGAUCGCGCAAUCGAGGUCUUUGGUCUCAAGCCCACCGGGCCCUGCAUUACCGAAACCGUCCAGCUGCUUGGUAGUAAAGAGUACACCUCGACUAUGUUUAUCCGUCUCGUACAAGAGUUUGGCAUGGACACUGAGGUAGCUCAACAUUUGGCAAACAGUUACGGUGACCGCUCCUGGGUUAUUGGCGCCAUCGAAGAUCCCACUGCCAUGAGCUGGCCCGUCUAUGGCCAGCGUAUCUCACCAAACUAUCCUUACAUCGAAGCCGAGGUUCGCUACUCUGUCAGACAAGAGUAUGCCUCAACCGCUGUGGAUGUUCUGGCCCGCCGUACCCGUCUCGCUUUCUUGAACGCCGAAGCCGCUUACCAAUCCUUACCCCGUAUCAUCGAGAUCAUGGCAGAGGAACUCAAGUGGUCUGAUGAGCGCAAGAAGGAAGAAUACCUCAACACCAUUGCAUUCUUAGCUACCAUGGGUCUUGGUGAAAAGGCAAAGGCACACGCAGAUUCAGUUUCUGCUUAA